AUGCUCAAAGAAUUAAAUUUGCCUGUCGCUCUAAGUUUAGCUAAAAUUGCUAAGCAAACAAAUACUGAAUAUGACACCAAUGAACAGCUACCAUUGGAAGUAUUACUUUCUAUUGAUCAGCAAGUGAUGUUAAUAGCUAACUUGUGGAUCAAAGUUGGCCUUGUUAAUGGCGCUAUUGGUCUCAUAAAACAAAUUGUAUAUGAAAACAAUACAAAACCACCGGACUUGCCAAAAUAUGUGGUUGUCCAAUUCAACGAUUAUAAUGGACCUCCAUGGGAUAUAGCACAUCCAAAAGACAUACCCAUUUUGCCAAUAACGCGAGGCAGGCGUACGCAAGUGCCUUUAACAAUGUCUUGGGCCAUCACUAUUCACAAAUCCCAAGGUCUUACAUUAGACAGAGCUACCAUUGACAUAGGUAAUACUGAAAAGAAAGGGCUCACAUUCACAGCUAUUUCAAGAGUGAAGACAAUUGAUGGAAUACGGAUCGAACCACCAUUCUCUUUUGAAAGGUUUUCCAAACUGCAAAAUAAUGCUUAUACAACCAUUAGAAAGAAAGAAGAAACUCGUUUGCAGCUGCUCUCUGCGCAAACAGAUAUCUAUUCACCUUAA